AUGUUGAAUCUUGCCCGCCAAACACUAAAGAAAGUUCCUAGUUUCCAAGAACUGCUGCAAGGAAAGAUGGGAUCCGCCAAGCAAGAAAUCCAUGUCGACGUCCUCGUCAUCGGUGCUGGGCCAACUGGCCUGGGUGCUGCAAAACGCCUCAAUCAGAUUAAUGGCCCCUCAUGGCUCAUUGUAGACUCAAACGAGAUCCCCGGUGGGCUGGCCUCGACAGACAAGACUCCAGAAGGCUUUCUAUACGAUGUCGGUGGCCAUGUCAUUUUCUCCCACUACAAAUACUUCGAUGACUGCAUCGACGAGGCCCUCCCCAGCGAGGACGACUGGUUCACCCACCAGCGCAUUUCCUACGUCCGCUGCAAGCGCCAAUGGGUUCCUUACCCCUUCCAGAACAACCUGUCCAUGUUGGGCAAGGACGAUCAGGCCAAAUGCGUCGAUGGCUUGAUUGACGCUGCACUCGAGGCCCGCGUGGCCAACACAAAGCCAAAGGACUUUGAUGAGUGGAUCUUGCGACAGAUGGGUGUCGGGAUCGCCGACCUCUUCAUGAGGCCCUACAACUUCAAGGUCUGGGCUGUGCCUACCACUAAGAUGCAGUGCCAGUGGCUUGGAGAGCGUGUAGCUGCACCCAACGUCAAGGGUGUCAUCAACAACAUCAUCUACAACAAGACCGCAGGAAACUGGGGGCCAAAUGCCACCUUCCGCUUCCCCGCAAGGGACGGCACUGGUGGCAUCUGGAUCGCCGUCUCCAACACUCUGCCAGACUCGAGGAAGCGAUAUGGCGAGAGCGGCACAGUCACCAAGGUCGAUGCGAGCGGACACAAGGUUCACCUCAAAGACGGCACCGUGGUCAACUACAAGAAGCUGGUCAACACCAUGGCUGUCGAUGCGCUCGUCGAGUCCAUGGGCGACAAGGAGCUGAUCAAUCUCAGCAAGGAUCUCUUCUACUCGAGCACACACGUCAUCGGCGUUGGUAUCCGAGGCGAGCGACCAGAACGCAUUGGCGAUAAGUGCUGGCUCUACUUCCCCGAAGAUGACUGCCCAUUCUACCGUGCAACCAUCUUCUCCAACUACUCGCCAUACAACCAGCCCCAAAAGGAUGCGAAGCUUCCUACACAGCAGCUCGCAGAUGGCUCCAAGCCCAGCUCGACUGAGCCAAAGGAGGGCCCUUACUGGUCCAUCAUGUUGGAGGUCUCCGAGUCUAGCAUGAAGCCUGUCGAUAAUAAGAACCUGCUGAGGGACUGCAUUCAAGGUCUCAUCAACACAGAGAUGAUCAAGUCCGACGACGAGAUUGUCUCAACCUACCACCGCCGCUUCGACCACGGAUACCCCACUCCCUCGUUGGAGCGAGAGGGUGUCCUGACGAAGCUCCUGCCAGCUCUCCAGGCUCAGGAUAUUUGGUCUCGUGGUCGCUUCGGAUCCUGGCGCUACGAAGUCGGCAACCAAGACCACUCGUUCAUGUUGGGCGUGGAAGCUGUAGACAACAUCGUCAACGGUGCCGUCGAGCUCACUCUCAAUUACCCCGACUUUGUGAACGGUCGCAAGAAUGAGGAGCGUCGUCUCAAAGACGGUGCUCAGAUCUUUGCCGAGGCUUCCCUCGCUCUGAGAAACAAGGGCGUCGAGUAA